AUGUUGUCUGACAAGGACCAAACAAUCUCACACUCCGGCAACGGCCGUUACAACACACCGCCCGACGCCGAGUUACUCGCCGGCGUCGGCAGCGGCGGCGGCGGCGCCGACUUCCGCCGAAAAAAGCGCAACAAAUGCCUCCUCUUCAUUUUCCUCUUCGCAAUCUUCCAAACCGGCGUCAUCCUCAUCUUCUCCCUCACCGUCAUGAAAGUCCGGACCCCGAAGCUCCGCCUCAGAUCCGCCGCGCUCUCCAACCUCGCCGCCGGAACUCCGGCGAACCCUUUGCUUAGGGCAUCGAUAACCGCCGAUCUGUCCCUCCGGAACCCGAACUUCGGCCAGUACAAAUUCCACAACACCACCGUCGAGUUUUUCUACUCCGGCGGAACAGCGGGCCGGGCCGCCAUGCGUGGGUCGAGCGUGGGCUGGAGGUCGACGAGGAGGAUUGGGUUCAACGUGGAUUUGGACUUACCGGCGAGUGAUGAGCUGGCGAGGGAGCUGAGCACGGGGAUUGUGACGAUCGAUUUUCGGGCGCAGAUGAAGGGGAGAGUGGAUUUGAUAUUCGUGAUGAGGAAGAAAAGAUCGACGGCUAUGAAUUGCUCAGUGGAGGUCGUGAUUGCCACGCGGGCGAUUGGGGAUAUCAAAUGCUAA